AAAAAUCAACAGCUACGUGAAAAAAUCAACAAUUUCAUUGAUGAUCCGGAAUUUUACGAACCUGUAAAAUUAAUAGUUUAAAUUUUAACAUAGUCAUCGAUCUAGCAAAGAAAAUUAAUUUUGAACAGAAUAAUUCACAGCUGAAAUAUUUACUUUAACGACAAUACAUAAAAACCGAAAGGAAAAUAUCCUGUACAAAAGUGUCUUUUCGGAAGUUAUAUAUAGGAAUCAAUUUAACGAAUACUGGUUGUUGAAUGGAGAAUUAAAGUUGAUUUACAUGUAUUAAUGUGGAUACAUUUUUUGGAUGAAUUUAGCAUGCUGUUGAUUCCAGGGCUCUUGAAGUAGCAAACUAUCCAGGGCCGCGGACUGCGCCUGGUGGUCUGAGGCGCUUUUAUAACAGAGGAUCUGACACACCUAGAAAUACUCAAAGUCAAAAUGAACCAGAACAAGCAAUUGAAAAUACUAUCGAGAUCGAUUAUGAUCUUUUGGUUUCAAACGUAGAGAAUAUGUUAACUGCCGACAAAAAGUUACUUAAAAAGGAACUAAGACCAAAAGAUUUACUUGUAAAAAGUAAUCCAGCAUUAUUUGGUAAUAUGCAUCCGGAUAUCACAAAUCCACGUGACAUGUACAACUUUCUGUCAAGACGAAAGUUUCCUAAAAUUGCAGAUGACUUGUCCUUUUCCGGACAGAAAAGUAAUUAUGAGGAACGCCUCCAACGUAGUAGUAGUUUCAAGGAUUUAAAUAAGUCUUCAAAUGCAAAAAUGCAGAAGAAAUAUCAUUUCCAUAGUCACGUUGACUUAAGUUUAAUGGAAAAGAAAGAUCCAAGUUUAGCAGCGCUAAAUAGUAACGCCCCAUACUUUGGGCCAGAAGAUAUGGCCAGACUUCCCGAACGAGAGAAAACUAUGAUGACAAACUUUAAUUUACCUUCUUUAAAUGAAGUAGGAAACCAAACCGGGAAUGUGGAUGUAAACGAACCUGAGAAUAAGGCUGUUUCCUUACCCGUGAUUCAAUCUAACGACCCCAAUAAAAGAACACAAUCAGAACAAAAGGUUAAACGCACUAAAUCACUCGGUCCUAGAAGUAAAACGAAUGUUACUUUCAGCAAUAAAAUUGACAAAUGGUUUUCAGAGAUGCCAUCAGACGUGACUGACAAAGCUGAUAGAGCAAUCAUGGCGGAUAUGAUUCGCGAACGAAUGACGGCGUACCAGAACAACUACCGGUCUGAUGAGAUGAUUUCGAAAAUGAAACGACGCCACACCAACUUGAAAUCUUUGAAUCAAAUUCAGCAUCAAUAUCUUGAAUUAAGGGCGGACACUGCUCCGAAACCUCGUCGGAAUGAUCUCACUUUAAGCCAUUACAAAAUGAAGCAAAAAUCUUCGCUUAAUCUAAAAACCGAUAUGAAUGAUCUUGAAAAGUGUGAAAACCCUUUUGAUUUAUCAGAUAAAACUCAAAACGUACAAAAUUCAGAUGAAAAUGGAAACGAUGAAAAUAAAUCAGCUCGUAGAGAUAUAACAAAGUCAAAGAGCCAUGGAAUAAAUGGAUUAAAAAGAAUAAAUUUAGACCAAUUUGCUGUUGAUGCUUAUAACCUGAAUCCAAAUCACCGCUUUACAUUUGCACAACUUCAAAACGUGCACAGCAAUAGAUUUAUAGAAGAAAUAGAUGAAGAAAGUCUUCGUCGAAAGGCUGAUAAAGAACACUGGCUACGAAUGAGUCAGGCAAAAACACACCCAUCUAUAGUAAAUAUUAGAUUAGAUAAAGAGAAAAAAGAAAAUUCAAGGUCUUCUCACCUGCGACAAGCAUUGUCGGUUGUGAAAAUGGAUGCCAACAAGGAUGACGAAAACGACAAUCAACAUGCGCAGAUUCAACUUCCCAACGGAAGAGACAACCAUAGUUCAUCUUCAGCGUCAAGUUCGGAUAACAUAAGAAGAAAGCAGACAUCAAAAGCUGCUUUAUCAAAAUUUAAGACUUUAGACGUAUUUGAAGGAACCAAGAAUGUCCUUCCCGAUAACCAUGUCCUUAUAGAAGCCGAACAAUAUACAAAUCCUUUAGUAAAAUUAGAUUUAAGAAGAGCUCGUACACAACAUAGACAUUCAAAAGAACUGGAAAAUUCUAAUACUGGUGUUUUAGGUAGAAAGCCACAUGAGAUAGCUACCGUCGACUUUCAGUUUGGACAAGGCGAGGUUAUAAUUACGCGGAAGGCUAGUGGCGGCCUGGUAUCACCUGAAUUAAGGGCACUUAAAUCCCCUAAUGCUCCACCAAACAAUACUGAGUAUUCAGGUAUAACUCCUUUAAACGAAUACAGUGUAAAUACUGAAAGGUCAAAAGAAGAUCACGUGUUAUUAAAGGGAAACAAUGAUCCAAUUACUUCGGAGACUGCAGGCUUAGUACAAGCACCAGAUUGUUCAUUUUCAGAAACAGACGAAGCCCUUGAACAAGGAGACAUUCCAGAGGAAAAAGAAACUAAUGAUAUUUCACAACAAAACAGUGUUAAAAAUCAGGAAAAUGACAAUGAACACCAAGAAUUAAGUGCUCCAACCGAAAGGUGAUGUAAAGUUUUAAAUAGUUGUAAAACUACUAGUACCUUACAGUAUUUUAAUUUAUUAUCUUAACACUCAUAUUUAUUAUUAUAUAAAAACCCACAUGUUCUGUGUGAUUACGGACAAUAAAUAAUUUAUUUUGUUAAAA